GAGUAACUUGCGCCGCCGCCGCCUCCUCUUCUUCUAAAAAUAUAUAAAUCUAUAUAAAUAAAAAGGGGAAGGAGGAGCAGGAAGACGAGGGAGGAGAGAAGAGACUGCAAGAUUUCGCCCGCCUCUCCAAGUCCAAGUCUCCCAGCCCCCCACAGCAUCCGAGGAGGAGGCCCCGUUAGGGUUUCCAACCGCACCGGAGGUACCCUUCCGAUCCGCACAAUGCUGCUGUGAUGGACCAUCCUUUCAACACGCCAGGUCCUGCCGUGCCCCCUGCCUCCAAGCCGAGGCAGAUGGCAGCAAGUAACAACCCUUGGAGGAUCCCUCAACCACAGCUGCUCAACACACGCGCUGGCUUGGGCGAUGCAAGCCUCUUCUCAUCCUCGCUGCCGCUUCUUCCUCAUGAGAAAUUGAACUUUCCUGAUUCUGCACAUGGUACCCCGUCAAUAGAUGACACUUCUGCCAAAAUCAAAGUGCUUGAUGAUGACCCAGAAGAGAAGGACUACCCGUUUGAUUUUGAUCUUCGCCAGAUAGAUGACUUGCUGCCUGACGAAGAUGAGUUUUUCGCUGGGAUAACAGAUGAGAUCGAACCAGUUGGGAAGACAAAUAACACGGAAGAAUUGGAAGAGUUUGAUGUAUUUGGCAGCGGAGGGGGCAUGGAGCUGGACUUGGAUCCUCUGGAGAGCGUCACAGCUAGUUUCGCGAAUUCAAGUAUUGCUGAUGGGGCUAGAGGCAAUGGGGUCAGCCCUUUUGGUGUCCCAAGCGCUGUCGGGACUGUGGCUGGGGAGCAUCCAUAUGGAGAACACCCUUCCAGAACAUUGUUUGUAAGGAACAUCAAUAGCAAUGUCGAGGACUCUGAACUGCGCACUUUGUUUGAGCAAUAUGGGGAUAUCAGAACCCUCUACACUGCAACAAAGCACAGGGGUUUUGUAAUGAUAUCUUAUUUUGAUAUCCGGUCGGCACGCAACGCAAUGCGUGCGUUGCAGAACAAGCCUCUGAGGAGGAGAAAGCUGGACAUCCAUUUUUCCAUCCCAAAGGAGAAUCCAUCUGACAAAGAUUUAAACCAGGGAACUCUUGUUAUAUUUAACUUGGACCCGUCAGUUUCUAAUGAAGAGGUUCGCCAGAUUUUCGGGGCAUAUGGGGAAGUAAAAGAGAUAAGAGAGACACCAAACAAAAAGCAUCAUAAGUUUAUAGAGUUCUAUGAUGUAAGAGCAGCAGAGGCUGCUCUUCGGUCACUUAAUAAAAGUGAGAUAGCUGGAAAGAGAAUCAAGUUGGAACCAAGUCGUCCUGGUGGAACACGUAGAAACUUGAUGCAGCAGCUUGGUCAUGAUUUGGACCAAGAGGAGCCCAGAAGCUAUAGACAUCCUCAUGUUGGUUCACCAAUUGCUAACUCUCCUCCAGGGGUAUGGGCUCACUAUAGUAGUCCAACAGACAACAAUAUGUUGCAGGCUUUCAACAGGUCUCCAACUGGAAAUGGAAUGAGUCCCAUCGGAAUGCCUUCGCUAAUGUCAAAUGCUGUAAAGAUUGCACCUAUUGGGAAGGAUAGCAAUCGGUCUAAAUAUGAUCAAGUAUUCUCAAAUGGUAACCAGUCCCUGGGAACUGCAUUCCAGCACUCCCACUCAUACCAGGAUCGCAACAGUGAACAUUUGAAUUCUAGUCCUGGGACUUUAUCUGGCCCCCAAUUUCUCUGGGGUAGUCCGAAGCCCUAUUCAGAAACCUCUCAAUCCCCUGUUUGGCGUCCACCAGCAAUUGGGUCUGCAUUGCCAUCCAGUAGCCGCUCUCAGGGGCAAGGCUUCUUGCACAGCAGCCGUCAGGCUUCGUUAUUUGGGUCUUCAGAUCAGCACCACCACCAUCAUGUUGGUUCUGCCCCUUCAGGUGCUCGAUUUGAGAGCCAUUUUGGCUUCUUACCUGAAUCGCCAGAGACAUCUUUUAUGAAACAAGUCAGGUUCGGGAACAUGGGAAAUAUUGGUACUGGCAGAAACGGGGCUGGCCUGAUGCUGAACUUGGCUGGCCGUCCUUCUUUGAGUCCUGUUUCUUCUCUGAGUGGAAGUCUGACAGAUAAUAGUUCUAGUAACUUCAGACCGAUGCUGUCACCGAGAUUGGGACAUGCAUUCUACAGUAACCCCACAUACCAAGGUCCUGGCUCUUUCGGACUUGACAGCUCGAUUGACCGGCGUAACCGCCGAGUUGACAGCAGUGCGCUCCAAGUCGAUAGCAAGAGGCAGUACCAGCUUGAUUUGGAGAAGAUUAGCAAAGGCGAUGAUACUAGGACGACAUUGAUGAUUAAAAACAUUCCAAACAAAUAUACAUCUAAGAUGCUUUUGGCUGCGAUUGAUGAACUUCACAAAGGGACUUAUGACUUCUUCUACCUGCCGAUUGAUUUUAAGGUACUGGACUUCAUGUUCAUUUGCGCUGCUGUUUUUCACGGGUAUAUUUUGAUAGCCAGCAACUAUUUUUUAAAUUAUGUGUUGCCUAUGCAGAACAAAUGCAAUGUUGGAUAUGCAUUCAUUAACAUGAUAUCACCAACACACAUUAUAUCAUUCUACCAGGCAUUUAAUGGGAAGAAAUGGGAGAAGUUCAACAGUGAGAAAGUAGCCUCCUUGGCUUAUGCUAGAAUCCAAGGACGGACCGCGCUGAUAUCACAUUUUCAGAAUUCAAGCUUGAUGAAUGAGGAUAAGAGGUGCCGGCCGAUUCUUUUCCAUCCCAAUGGUCUGGAAUCUGGAAAUCAGGAAGCGUUUCCUAUCAAUGGCAUAUGCAUCCACAUGCCUGUGGAAGAUGGGACAGGUGAUUCACUUGACGAUGAAGACGACGUGAAGGCAGGAGGAGAGAGCUCCAUGCAUAUGGCCGGGAGCUUGUGAUGAUGACGACCAUAAAUAUAAAUCUAACUGUCUAGAGUGAAGGUAUCGACCCCCAAAUUGUAUAAAGAAAGAGGUGGAUUUUGUGCCGUGGUGUGGCAUGGGAUAUCUAGUGGUUUUUGUGGCAACUGAUGUCGAAAGCCUGGAAGCGAGCUUGCAGUUGGAGCUGGGAGCUUGCUAGUGCUUAUUAGGCCGGCCCGCCCGCACCCCUGUGUACAGAUAGAUGUGAUUGGAUCCAUGCUUGCUCGCUUGCUUUUGGUUGUCAUGCUGUAAGGAGACAUUUGGACAAACUGUACAGUGAAAACUUUGUGUUGAUCGAUUCUGCAAGAAUUCUUUCUGAUCCAGCAACUACUGCUAUGUAUGCAGUAGUAUU